AAAUUCCGAAACUUCAGGUAAUAAUCUUGUUGCAUUGUAUAUUAAUGACCACCCUUGGAUAAUCCCAUUCAAAAGGAAUUGGUCACUUUCUUAUAUCUAUGAACAGACCAUACCAACUUGACACAUGGCAAUUCUCGUACGAUAUUGUUAAUCGCGUACUUUGCAGUGUACGGCACUCCUGCGCGUUGGCUUAUUUUUAUCAGUUCGUUGUUGUGUUCGCUGAGUAUUCAUAUACAAUACAAGUGUUAACGAUCCGAGACGAUUCUGUCAGGGAGAACUUUUUACGUGCUUAAAUUAGGUAUGUCGAGGAUAUUUCCAGAGACCUUCAAGGCCAGCGAAAAACGACUGAAGCAGAUUUUGCCAAAAUUUGUCAGAUGUCUAACGUCCAAACCCAAUAAUGAAUACGAUGUCAUUGUCGUGGGAGGCGGUAUCGUGGGAACCGCUUCUGCUCGGGAGUUCAAAAAUCGCCACCCCACUCUCAAAAUGGCCAUAUUAGAAAAGGAAAACGACCUAGCUCGGCACCAAACUGGACACAAUAGCGGAGUAAUUCAUGCUGGUAUUUACUACAAGCCUGGGUCACUUAAGGCUAAGUUGUGUGUCGAAGGAUUAAGGCUGACAUAUCAGUAUUGUGACGAGAAAAAGAUUCCCUAUAAGAAAGCUGGAAAACUCAUAGUUGCGACAACGGAAAAGGAGGUUUUACUACUCACCGAUCUUCAUGACCGAGGAUUGAAAAAUGAGGUACCCGAAUUAAAACUGCUCAAGGGUCGUGAAGAAAUAAAGAAAGUGGAGCCACAUUGCGAAGGCUUAGAAGCCCUGUGGUCUCCCCACACGGGCAUCAUAGACUGGGCGUUGGUCACUCAACAUUACGGGAAAGAUUUUCAACAGCUAGGAGGAGAGAUUCGUCUUAACUUCGAGGUGAAUGGUUUCCACGAAUCGGAUGAUCCAAAUUUUCCCGUGGAAAUAACAUCGAAAGAUACCGCCACCGUGAAGAGCAAAUACGUUUUAACCUGUGGCGGGCUACAUGCGGACAAACUUGCGGAAUUAUCAGGCUGUGCGAGGGACCCACGGAUAGUUCCUUUCAGGGGCGAAUACCUAAUACUCAACCCAUCCAAGAGGCAUUUAGUGAAGGGUAACAUCUACCCGGUACCGGAUCCAAGAUUUCCUUUUCUGGGAGUCCAUUUUACGCCGAGAAUGGAUGGAAGUAUGUGGCUGGGUCCUAAUGCGGUGUUGGCCUUCAAAAGAGAGGGAUACAGGUGGUCCGACAUAAACUUAUCUGAACUUAUGGACGCCCUGUUGUAUCCCGGAUUUAUAAAAAUGGCCCUGAAAUACCCUAAAGCGGGUUUAAGAGAAAUUCUAAAAUCGUGGGUACCGUCCGUACAAGUAAAAGAAUUGAAAAAAUACAUCCCGGUCAUCACAGUCGAGGACGUUAGUCGUGGACCUGCCGGAGUUCGAGCCCAAGCUAUGGACAGCAAAGGUAACCUGGUAGACGAUUUCUAUUUCGACAUGUUCAAAACCGGCGGAAAUAGUAAAAUCGGGAGCAGGGUAUUGCAUUGCAGGAAUGCACCGAGUCCCGGAGCGACGAGUUCUCUGGCGAUAGCCAAAAUGAUGGCAGAUAAAUUGGAACAAGAGUUUGAGAUCAAAUAGUACAAGGCAAUUAAUUUGUGUCAAGUAAAGCAUUAAAUAUUUCUUUAUUUUGAUUUUAUUGUUUAGCGUUUAAGUAAAGGGCAGUCGGUGAAUGGUGAGCAGUUAAACAGGAACUGUUUUGGUUUCGACAAGAAAACAGCAAAUUUUAUUUCAAGAACCCUUUAGCGUUCCAAUACUUUAUGCCACAUUGGUAAUUUCCUAUUUAUUUCAUUCUACUUAAAAGUCAACCGUACCAUAAUUCUCCGUCUUUACCAAUUUCCCCACAAAUACAACAUAUUUCGUUAGGUUUGGAAGAUUUUCUCGAAGAGGUGGUUUAAAAAUAAAGUCAACAUCGUCUAACUCGUCUUCGUUACAUAUGUCUUCGUCCAGUGAUUCGUCAGAUGAUUCAGGUGUUGCCUGUUUCUUCAGUUUUUAAAUUUCUUGCCACCUGGAAUUUCAUCAUUGAAACAUCUCUUCCUGCCGGGUUUCCAUGUUUCCUCACUGUUUAGGUUUUCCUGCCUUUUGACCUUUUUGUGCUUGUAAGAAGAAUUUUUGAGCACUGUUUCUCGCGACUUUUUCUUUUUACUUCUUUUGCAACUUUUUUUUUGGUAUAAGAGCCAAAGUAAGUAUGUCAGCUGUGUUUCUUUUGGGUCUCGUACAUCUUCAUCAGAACUGCCUUUUAUAGCGAAAUCUCUUACAUCAUUGGAAGGAGCAAAAUCAUCACCACUAAACGGAUCUAAGAGAUUGAGAAUUCCUUUCCUUUUUCAUCGAAACUUCCACAGGCUACUGUCAUCCUUUUUAAAGAAACUUCUGGAUUCCCCUUGCGUCGGUUUUUGCUGUUGGCUUCUUCAUAGCUUGACAGAAACUGGCUUGCAUUUUACUCUGUAACUGCUUAUAUAUUGCUUGAGGAGGGCGGAGCUAAAUGAGGGGCAUAAACACCAUCUCAGAUGACUAAUUCCCAUAUUGGUGACAGGUAGAGACCUGGCUCGCGAUUAAAAUUGUUAGGUUGCUUAUAGAUUUCUAUAGACUCUCGGAUUUUUCGUGGUAGAAGAAUUGAUUACAUGCAAGAAUUUUAUCGAAUAAAAUUUUAUGCCCGGUUUUAUGAUUGCGUUCGGCAACUGCUGAUGAGUUUAUUAAACAAGAGAGUUGAUAACCGAUGAUUUUUGGGCCGGAUGGUGAUGUGACGAUGUAUUACCUUAGUACACGCAUACCAAUAUAUGUGUGCGUAGGUUUUCUGUAACCACAAUGAUCCAAUGUUAGGUCUGAUUUUCUAUUGAUAAGAAUAUCUAAGAAUGGGAGGUCGUUAUGAGGCCAAAUACACAGCCUUAAUACAGAGCCGUGGAACUAUCUUAGCCUGAGUCACAGAACCCAGAAUUAAAACACCUUACCUCUGCUCUUCUCUCUAAUAAUUUCCACAUUGAAGAUAUUAUGCAUUCCAUCACAAAAUACACUUCACCGCAACCUUCCAAUAGCAAUGAAACCCAAAGAAAUCCCACACUGUUGUCCUUCCUUAUAUUCAAAACAUUACUGAUCACAUAUCAAAAGUUCUAAAGAAUAUAACGUCACAUCACCUUCGAUCCGUCAAAGACAAAUAUCCAUUUGAGAUGCCAGGAGUUUGCAGCAUUCCAUGCAUGUGCGGCAAAGAAUACAUUGGAGAGACUGGACAAAAAGUAUCAACUAGGCUUAAGAAACAUGAAAGAGCCUUAAGACUAAGACAAUCACGAAACCGGACAUAAAAUUUUCUUCGAUGAAACUAAAAUUUCUGCAAAGCAGGUACAGAUUAAAAUGCGAGCCAGUUUCAGUCAAGCUCUGAAGAAGCCAACAGAAUGCCAUGCAGCACGUUAGCUAGUUCGACUCGACAAAAACCGACGCAGUCCAGUAGCGACAGAGGUAAAAUGAUAUUCUCUAUAAAGAGCCUUCUUAAAUGCACUACAAAUGUCAAGUCUAACUGCUGAAGAUGAUCGAAAUGUGGCUAUCGCGAAACUAACCAAAAGGAUGUGAUCGAAUGUAGUAAGUAGGUUUGGCGUGUUUUGCUACAAAUAAUAACCAUUUACAAAAUAACUAGGAAUUGAUCCAAAAAUUCUUAGAACAUACUUUCUAUAGGCACCUACAGAGUUGCUGGCAUUCUUCUAGGGGGAUAAAAAACAAAGCAUGGGAGGGUUAUUAUUCCCAGCGGCACUAAUAGAAAAAACAAUUAUCCUUCCUCUUUCAGCGAAGAUAGAUUAAAGAAAUAUUUUAACUUCCACUAUACGUCACGUAACUACACAACUGCCCUGACCGGGCUACACCUUAUAAAUGGACUGAUAAAUUACUCUAAAUACGGUCACUAAACUUGGCAUGAAACAAACAGCGAGUUUGCAACCACUACCAACUAUCCAGUGUUAUCUACUCUGGUUUUCUGUAACAAAUAGCUUUCGCACGACAAUUAAUAUUAAUAUUCUCAAUGAACUGAUAAGUGGAGUCUGCUGUAUCCAUUAAAAAGUCAGUAGAUGUGUCGAAAAGUUUUCUUCCGACUAAUCGAAUAAUUCUACACCAAUUAACUGAUCUAUUUAUCAAACCUAAACUAGACAAUCGAAAUUACGGACAAAGCAAAGGCUUUGUUCAAGUGCGUCAGAAAAUACAAAAUCCAGAUCACACUAGAAAUAGUUCUCUGGUACAUAAUCCCUUACUUGCUUAUUUAAAAAUAUCUCCCAACAAGUGACAAUGAUAUAAUUUAUUCGAAAUUAACAAAAAGUUGCAAAUUACAUUAAUUAUCGUUGUGCUGUCUUUUAUAAUUUCAAUCCAAGAAAAUAUCUCACGAGAACUUCUCAAAUAGGGAACUGAAGAACUGUACACACAACAGACCAUAUUGCCCCAGAAAUGUAUUAACCAUUCCGAGAUGCCAGAUGAAUGGAAAAUCUUACAUAUGAGUACUAUUUAUAAAAAAGGAGACAAAAAUCAAUGUGAGAACUAUCGGGGUUCCAGCUCAGCAAAUAGAGUAUAUGAAAAUUACUACUAAGCUUUCUGUUGCAAGUGUUCGUCGAAUCCUGCAUGAUCAUUUAGGUAUGCAUAAGGUUAGUACAAAAUGGGUUCCUAUAAACCUUUCGGCUAUUCAAAAACAACGCCGUGUCGAGAGUGCGCGGUCUUUUUUGGAACGCUGUAGGUCAGAACCGAAACCUGUGAUAGAAACUAUUGUGACGGGACAUGAAACUAUGGUUCUCUAUUAUGACCCUCUAUCGAAAAAAGAAUCAAUGGAGUGGCGUCGUAAACGUGAAGCACCUCAAAGAAAAUGCAGAGUCUGCCAGUCAACAAAAAAGAUGAUGGCCACGUUCUUCUGGGAUUGUGAAAUUGUGAUUGUCAAUGGUAAUAUUACACAAUAAAUUGCGAAACUGCAUAUGUGUAAAACGUCGAGGAAAACUGACCAGAGGCCUGCGUCUUUUGCACGAUAAUGCACCCGUCCAUACUGCUGGUGUUGCCGAAGCUGCCAUUUUAGAGUGUGGGUUCCAACAGAUAGAUCAUCCUCCCUAUAGUCCAGAUAUAGCCCCCAGCGACUAUUAUUUGUGUGGAUAUUUGAAAAAGGACAUACGUGGGCGUCGGUUUAACGACGAAGAGGCUGUUUUAGCUCAUUUUGCAGACGAACCAAAAGAAUAUUUUUUUAAAGCGAUUGAGUUGUUAAUAUAUAAUAUAAUAUUGAAGUUAAGGGGGAUUAUAUUCAAAAAUAAUAAAAAAAUUGUUACUCUACUUUGUUACUUUCAUAUUCAGGCUGGGAAAUUUUAGCGCUGCCCUCGUAUAAGCGAUCAGUUAACCUGGUUUAGUCAUCUGCAACGUAUGUCUGAAGAGAGAAUAUCGAAACAAAUUAUAAAUUGUAAACCAAGAGAUAGAAGAAGACCAGGCACGCCAAUAUAGAGCUCAAUUAAAGCUACAGAAAAAGAAUAGAGAGACAGAACUAGAGAACGAUUUGUGGAACGACAGAGAGAGAUGUGGGAGGACGUUAUAAACCGAUAUAACCUCCAUGAUUACGGACAUAUUGCAUACUUACAAAUUUUGCUUACUGAUUAUAAUCUCCAGUCAGAGCAGUUAUGCAGUAAUAACGUAAUCAAAAAUGAUCCGUUUGUCUUAAAGCUAUAUUGCCACCAUUUUUAUAUGCGUUCCGGUUUUAAUUAAUUCAUUAGUGAGAAGUAGGUACGUUCAGAUAUGCAAUUCUAAAAACUAAAUUAAUUUUUUUUUGUCGGGGUUUUGCUACGUGAACAUUAGUCAUUGUGUUAUGGUAGAACUUACUAGAAACAUAGUCUUAAAACGGUCAUUCGCAAAAAUGCCAUGUACUUAGGUACAUAUUAUUAUUUUGUUAUAAUAUUAUGGCAACAAAACGCAUCAAAUAUAUGAGAGAAAACAAAUAUCAAUUAGAUAGACUCAUAACGCAAAGACCUAAGAAGGGGAACCAAAGCUACUCAUCAUCGGAAAAAAUGUAUUCCUCCGAGUCUGAUUCAUGCAUAUCAAUAACAACUGGGAGAAUAUUAGAUGUAUCGAUCAACUGACCAAAUAAUAUCUCGGAUUAAAUUGGCAAUGAUGUUAACUUGACCGUUGUUAAUAGAUUAUAUUUUGAAACAAUUUCAUAUUCAAAGAAAAAUACUUAGGACUUAUGCAGUUUUUCUGGCAAGUGUUGGUUCACUAAUAUCCAUAGAUGGUCUUUCAUUAAACCUGGCUGAAAUGGAUUUUUUUUUCAGCUACCCGACGAAAGACUGCUUAUCCAACUUUAAUGAGGUAUUGACUCAGCAACUCCACAGUGACAAGAUAUAUUGUUCCUUAUUAUUAAUCAGG